AACACGCGGAACCGGCAGCGUUUCCAAGAAUAACGACCUGAUGUUGUAACCCGCGUUUGUAUUUCACUUGGCAAAGCCAACAGUUGCACCACUGAAGAUUUUCCCAAACCUCUGGCCGAGAGCCCAUGUGGGUAGUGGAGAGAAUGCGCGUGUCAGUGGAGAGGACCGGCCUGCCCCUCCCGUCGACGGGAUACUCCUUCAGAUUUGGUGACAUCAUGUUCGGAGAGAAAGAGGACAGACGCCGAGGGAUCUCGCUCUGCCCUAAUGUCAUCACCCCCGACUCGAUCCCCGAGUUCUGCAUCCCUCCUAAGAUACCGCCCCUGAAGAAAAGCCCCGCUGUUCCCAUCAUCAGGGUGUCUCCCUGCGAAUGGGGACUCUCCAAAAGAGCCGACUCGCGACACAGACCCUUCAGCCCGCACAUUAUCCAGGUGGAAAGUGUGGACGACGGCCCCUACGACAACGGCUACAGUGACGAUGAGACCACCAAUGCAGACCCCCAGAGCCAGGCUGCCCUGUCUCUUCCGCACAUGCCCAAAGCCCAGACCUGCUAUGGAUUCUGCACCCUUCUGGAGAGCCCCCACACCAGAAGAAAGGAGUCGCUCUUCCACUCUGAACCUGGAUCGUUGCCCCUGCUCCUGCCCAGGAGCAGGUCCAGCACCUGCUCCAAUGUGUCCCCCUCCCCCUCGCCCUCCACCUCCCCUUCCUCAUUUAGCCUGAACGUCUUAACCUCCAGGUUGUCCCCGAGAAGCUGCAUGCUGAGCAGGCAGGGCACGCUGGACAGCGAUAACACGUCCUCGGCCGAGUCCUCGCCCUUCAACUCGCCGUUACUGACCAGGUGCUCGGCCAAGUCUUCCCUCUUCAAGGCACUGAGCCACGAGCGCCUACUGUCCAGAAACUGUGGGAAGGCCGCGGUGUCAAGGAACAACUCCCUGUCCACGGACGAGGGCAGCUCGACCGACAACAGCCCCAGCGUCGUGAGAAGGUCGUCGGAGGACUUGGUGGAGGGUCUGUCGAGCAGUCAAGGCUCAGCUUCGCCCACCACGUUCUUCCCCAUGGACCUGACACUUCACAGGGAGCGAGUGAUAAAGGAGAGCAAGUUCCCCCUCGGGAAGAACGGCAGCCUGCGCCUCUCAACAGAGUACUGUGCCGAAAACCAAAGGCUGCGGGUACGGCUGAUCAGUGCUGAGGGGCUUUAUUCUCCUUCCGCCGACCCCAAGAGCAUCAACUGCAGCGUCAGCCUCUCCCUGGGCCCCGGAAAGCUCCAGAAACAACGCAGCACCGUCAUCAGGGAGAGCCGCAACCCCAUCUUCAACGAGGACUUCUUCUUUGAUGGUACCACGGAGGAGGACCUCUGCCAGAGGUCCCUUCGGUUCAAAGCGGUGAACAAAAUGUCCACCAUGAAGAGAGACUGCGUAUUGGGUGACUGUGAUUUGCCUCUGUCAAGCAUUGUUGCCUUUUAAAAACCACGGCUCUUCCCUAUUUAUUAGU